AUGGUGCCCCGAUUCAGCGGCGCCCUGGCACUGUGCUGCUGGCUUAUGCUCGGAUAUCAGCACGGCACUGACGCGCUGUCAACAGGCAGUCACGUGCAGACCCUCUCGAGCGAGACUGAAAGUCUGCGGCGUCAAGAGUCUGACAACAAGGCUGCAGAAGAAGCUGGAAAGCUGGCGGCGAAAGUGGCCGCCAGCGCCGUAUCAGCCGCGUACCACCACGUUUUCAGGCGUUGGGCAGGCAUCAGCCAUCCGGAUUUCCACUACGUUGACGUUGAGACGUGCAAAGUUGUUCUGAGCUUCGGAGUUUCGAAGCUGAAGAAGGCCAUGGGAGGUGUCACAAGGAUUAGGGAGGUGGAAGUCAACAAUAAAAAACAACAGCUAACAAUUACGUAUGAUGAACGACCGAGUUUUUCGAAUGCUACAGAUCUCAGUCGCAUUUCGUCUUGGGUAGGCAGGAAACUUGCAAGCGCCCCGCAAGACGAGGUUGUCCCGGUGACGGAGCACAUUUUUCUGCCAUCCGAGUGCGUGGCUGACGACAAUUCUCGCUACUUCGUCGUCAUGCGAGAGAAGGAGGAAAAUAGUGAACGCGUAACUGCUGUGGUUGUCGAGCUCGAGUUCAAUCCAGGCGUGUUUGUCGUCCCUCGAGAUCUUUCAAAGAGAGCAGCAGUCAACCAGAUUAUGAGCAGGCGACAGCGUUCCCCAAUCGAAGAAGGUGUGUGGGAGUUGUUGCCGGGUUGCGUACUGUUCAUUAGAUUACGUGCAGAUCUCCGGGCGGCACCGCGGCUUGCAGUUAACGUACCACUGGAAUUUGUUCAAUUCCAGGACGUAAACUUGAAGCAUUUUGGGAACAGCCCCCUACCGAAGGAAUGCACCUGGCAUCUACCCAGCACCGUCGGCGCCAUGACUCGUCAAGAUAAAUCGCAGGAUCCAGACCAGUGGGACGUUCUUUUGUUCAUGACCGAUGAGCCCUCGCCGGUGAAAGAAGUCUACACCAUUCCGAAAGGUGGUGAAGUCAGACGGGAGAUGGUUUCAGAUACAACGGAGUAG